CUGGGAGGGGGGUUGAGGGUCCCCGCUCCCAGGGUCCUGGGCUGCGAACACUCAUUCGACCCCCUGUCGGGCCCGUGAGCCCCCAGUGGGGGUGGGAGGGUUGAAGGCCCAGUAACGAACCCCGACCACUCUGCACCAGCGCUCUCCUGUAACAGGCCAUGCCAUGGAAAGGUGACCUGCCUUGGGCAGGCUGUGCCAUGGAGCCAGAGACCCGCAGCAUCCAGAUUGAGUUCCCGCACUAUGCUGCGGUGCUGCGAUCACUCAACAAGCACCGCCUGGAGGGCAAAUUCUGCGACAUCUCCAUCCACGUGCAGGGCCAGGUCUUCCAGGCUCACAAGAGUGUGCUGGCCGCCUCCUCGCCCUACUUCCAUGACAAGCUGCUCCUCAACGACACCAACUGCAUUGUGCUGCCCAGCGUCAUUGAGCCAGAGGCCUUUGAGAAUUUGCUGCAGCUCAUCUACUCUGGCCGUCUCAAGCUGCUGAUGGAGGCACUGCCCAGUCACCUGCUGGUGGCCAGCGGGCUGCAGAUGUGGCAGGUGGUGGACCAGUGCUCUGAGAUCCUUAAAGAGCUGGAGGGGGGACCCUGCCGCCCCUGGUCCAGCCGGGCAAGCGAGAGCCAGUCUCCCAGUAGCAGCAAUUAUUUUGCCGUGAAGGACGACGGGGAACCAGGGGGCAGCAGCUCAGAGGGGCCAGGGCAUGGUGGGGUGUCAUCAGGCCGGGCAGCUCCAGGCUGCCUCGACAAUGAGGUGAUGAAGAUCCGGGUGUCACAGGAGGAAGAGGAGGAGGAAGAGGAGGAGGAGGACCAUCAGGCCCAGAUCUGUAGCGGCUCAAUGGAGGCUGUGAAGAUUGUACUGGAGGAAGAUGAAGAGGGUGGUGGCAGAGGUGGCUCCAAGGGGCCAUCUUCAGGGGAGCUGGACAGUGCCUUUCGUGGCCCCCGUGACCACCCCAAGAUCUUCUAUAUCAAGCAGGAGCGCUUUGACCCUGACGAGGCAGCAGUGGCAGCACUGGGAGGUGGUGUGAGUGCUGCAGGUGAGGCCAGCUUUCUCAAGUCGCUGGCACAGGGGCGGGCGUUGGGCAUGGCUGAGGUUCAGGGCCUGUGCCAGGCGGAGUUCCAGCCAAGCAGUGAAGUUAGCUACAUAAUCCCUGCUGCAGGCACUGGUGCCGCCUCCUCCUCCUCCAUCACUGCCCCUGGCUUCACCAUUAAGGCCCAGCCCCUCUCCACUGAAGAGGCCGGGUUCCCCCAGAGCUCCUGGAAGCCAGUGGACCUACAUGGAAAUGAGAUCAUUGCCCAUGCAGUGCAUGGCCAGGUGGUGCAUGCGCCUGUUAAGAUUGUGACGGCACCUGAUGGAAAGAAGUUUGGCUGCCUGUGUGGCAAGCGCUUUGCUGUCAAGCCUAAGCGUGACCGGCACAUCAUGCUGACCUUCAGUCUGCGCCCCUUUGGCUGUUCCGUCUGCAACAAGAAGUUCAAGCUGAAACACCACCUGACGGAGCACAUGAAGACCCACGAUGGGAACCUGUAUUCAUGCGAGGACUGUGGGCGCAAGUUCCGUGUGCAGAACUGCUUCCUCAAGCACAAGGAGCUGUGCAAGGGCCAGGGCUGGGCCACUGCUUGCUGGACCUACAAAUAAAACCUGGGAUGGCACUGAGUGGAGGACUCCUGCCAGCCUUCUCUAGGCCUGAUCUAGCCCCUGAGCUCUGUUGCUCUGAAUCCUUGCGGAUCUGCCCUCCUGAGCUUGGUAACCUGCUCCAGGGCCCCGGGGACACCAAAACAUGAAAGGACACAAAUGAGAGCUGGGCAGACCAGGGGAUUUGGCCCCAGCAUGUUAGCUCCCCAUGCUGCUUCAUGGCUUAGUGUUUCUGACAUACAGAACCUGCCAUGGGUCAAAGGAGGGGAGAUGCCCCAGGCUAAUGUUGGAGCUCAGGGCAGGAGGAUGGAGCAAGAGGCUAAUGGGAACCUCAAGGCUAGGGAUUAACAGCCAUAUUACAUCCCUAUUCCCAGUCUGGCCUUGCCCUCCUCUGAAAGAAUACAGCUCUGUUGUGAGCGGACUCAACUGCUGGAUCCCACAUAUUCUUCACUCAGCUGAGUCUGAGCAGAGCUGUGUCACUGUUCCUGCCUCUGGGUUUAUAAGGCACACUCCCAGGUGUGGAUUCCAUGGCUGCUACCUUUCCUUGGGAUGUGGGAAUCUGCAGCCCAAUCACCCUAGCCACCAAAACCAGCACCUCAGCCUUCUCCAGCCCUCAACUGCUUGUAGACAUUCCCUCAGAAUCCACCUUGCUGUGGGUGCUCAGGGCAGAUGACUAACCCCUUAGGGACAAUAAGGUAGGUGAGCAAAAAACACAGGCUCAGCAAAGUGAUUUCUUAAUCACAGACACUUUACUCUUAAAGCAGCGGAGUGUUACAGAUCUGUGCAAACCACCGUCCUGAGCUCUGCCCUCUUGUCUGAUCUCACUCCUGCGAGACUGAGUUCUGGUCAGUGACCCAGACAAGGCCGAGUCCCUACUGCCUUCUUCCCUUCAAUCCUGUCUUGUGGAGUAUGGCAGGGCAGCCCGCCCUUCUCCAGGAGCAUUCCCCUUAAACCUAGUCUCUGACCCUUCUGGACCAUGUGUCCAGUCUAGGAUAUUCCAACCCCAUGCCCUGUGAGGCCCAGUGAAGAAAACCAUUGCUCCUGAACUGGGCCAGUCUUUGAAUCAUCCAAAGUUGAUGGGCCUUGAUGGUCCAGUCAUUGAUGGUCCUUUCCCUGGCAGGGCAGUGUCUGGAAUAGACUGGCUGUGUCGAAGUCAGGCAAGCUUUUCUACACGGUGCACAGAAUGAGAGAGAGGCACAUAAACAGAAAUCAAAGCCAAAUGCAGUUCCCCAUUUGAUACAGACAUAACUCUCUUCUCUUGCAGUCACUGGCUAGGUCAGUAAUCUGGAGGCUACCAACCCCAGCACCAUGGCAUGCAUGGGCAGGAUGGGGAAAGCUCAUUGUGGGAGCCAUGGUCAUAUAACUCUAGUGGUUUUGCCCAGGCUCCCUGGUCCACCACCCUCAUUCAAACCAGGCCCAGUGUGAGCUCCCCCUCCUGCCAGAGCAGCUCAGCCACUCCAUUCCCAACCCCUUCAUUGUGCUGUGAGGCACAUCCCAGGCCUAGGGACUCAGAUUCCCCUGUGAGCCACAGCACAAGGUUGGGGAUAGGGGUAGAGGCUGGUGUGAAUGUGCUGUACACUAGAGAGUGUGGGUCUUUGCCCACCCUUCUAAUGGCUGGUGCACAAAGCAGGUGGCAGAGUGACAUGUUCAGAGCAAGCGGCAGAGGUCAGUUUUGUGGAGCUGAAGUCCCUGGGUCACUUCCACCGUAACCCAUGUGGGGGUGGGGUUGUCAGCCCCUCUGCAAUCCCCUUAGUCUGCUUGACUUCUCCAAGUCUUCUGGCUUCAGCAGCCUCACCCAUUCUUGUCCCUGGUUUCCUGCUGUGGGUGUGUUUCU